AUGCCUUCUCUCAACGCCCUUCUCGCCGCCUCUCUGGCCUUCGCUUCCAUCGCCCUCGGCGCCCCAGCACCCCAGGACAAGCACUUCUCCGUCGAACAAGUCAAGAACCCCAAGUUCAUCAAGAACGGUCCUUUGGCUCUCGCUCACGUCUACUCCAAGUACGGCGUUCCUCUUCCCAAGGGACUUGAGAAGGCUGUCAAGUCUGUCAAGACCGGCUCCUCUCAUUCCAAGCGUCAAAAUGGCAGUGGCUCUGUCAUUACUACCCCUGCCGAUGAGGAUAUCGAGUGGUUGACUCCCGUGCAAAUUGGCACACCUGCUCAGACUCUGAACUUGGACUUUGAUACCGGUUCUUCCGACCUUUGGGUCUUUAGCACGGAGACCUCUGGAAGCAGUGGUCACGAUGAGUACAAUCCUGCCAAGAGUAGCACUGCUAAGAAGCUUGCUGGUGCUACUUGGUCCAUCAGCUAUGGUGAUGGAAGCACCUCUUCUGGUGAUGUAUACAAGGACAAGGUCUCCGUCGGUGGUCUGGCCGUCAGCUCGCAAGCUGUCGAGUCUGCACAACGCGUCUCUGAUGAGUUUGAACAAGAGACUGGCCUCGAUGGUCUUCUCGGUCUCGGCUUCAGCUCUAUCAACACUGUCAAGCCCACCAAGCAGAAGACUUUCUUCGACAACGCCAUUUCUACUCUGAAGUCCCCCGUCUUCACCGCUGAUCUGAAGCACAAGCAGCCUGGAACAUACAACUUUGGCUACAUCGACAGCUCUGCUUACACUGGCAAGAUCGGAUACGCUCCUAUUGACUCUUCUGGUGGCUGGUGGGAGUUCACCUCCUCUGGUUACGCCGUCGGUUCGGCUUCUCUCAACAGAAGCCCCAUCACUGGUAUUGCUGAUACUGGUACCACCCUUCUCCUCCUCCCCGAUGCCGUCAACUCGGCCUACUAUGCCAAGGUCAGCGGUGCUCGUUACAGCUCUUCCUACGGUGGUUAUGUCUUCAGCUGCUCUGCUACCCUGCCCAACUUUAGCUUCGGCGUUGGCGGUGUGACUAUUACCAUUCCUGGAUCUUACAUCAACUAUGCUCCUGUCCAGGAGGGCUCGUCUACCUGCCUGGGUGGUAUCCAGCCCAGUGAUGACAUCGGUAUCAACAUCUUUGGUGAUAUCGCACUCAAGGCUGCUUUUGUUGUUUUCGAUGGUGGAAACCAGCAGGUUGGCUGGGCCAAGAAGGCUCUGUAG